GGUGCAGCAGGUACAGACCCACAGUUCUGCAGGGUGACAACAUGAUCCUGUGCUUUCACCUGUGCUUCACAGGCUGCUGGAAGAGGUGUGGAUGCUCACAAACCCUACAUGUCCAGUGGGAGCUGUGUGGGACCAGGGGAAGCCCUGCUUCCACAAAGGGGAUGUGUUCUUGCAGCUGCACUUCCUGAGGGGUUGGUGGGAGACUGGAGGUUGCAAAAGCCAUAUGAAUGUGUUUUUAUAUGGGGAGAGAGAUUGUGAACAUUAGUUACACAAAGAUGUUUAGAAAUGGGGGGUCUGACUGUGCCUGCAGCCUAUUGUGCAGAAAAGAACAGAAUCAGAGGAUGUCUUCUACAGAGAGCUCAGGCUCGUCCUCACUUGUAAGCAAUUCUGUGCCCUGAUCUUCUGAUCUUUCAGCUGAAAUGCCUGUGCUAUUGCUAUAACCAGGGCAUCAUAGAAGUCUGUUCAGAGGACUAAGAGAUCAAGUGGGAUUCUUUAACCUUACGUAUCCUUAGACACACUAUCCAGCAGGAGAUUCAUUUAAGAUGACCUGUAAUGUGCUAAAACCAUCAAAUAAAAAAGCAGCGCCUUUUUUAUGCCAGGCCAAGGAAAACUUCAUGAUCUGUCAUGAAGAGAGACUCUGGCACCAUCCAGUGACCUUUUCUGGCCUUCAGUCCCGAAAACACAGGGCAUAGUGGAGACCUAUGUUCAAAGCACCAUCCUCUCUUUCAGUAGAAUUUGAAUGUUGUGCUCUGGAUUUCUGGGCUCAGGUUGCACAUGGGCACUGCCCGGACUGAGUCAUAGAUACAGUCUCCUGUCAUUUUUGGUUCCCUUUUGCAGGCUGUGCUCAGUGGGUUUAGCCCUUUGAUAGCAAAUGCCAAAUAUUCCUGCCCAUGUAUGUAUUUUCACACACAUGGACCCUCAGCAGGAAAGGACAGGCAGCAGAGAAGGAAGGCCAUGGAUGAGCUGUGAAACUGCCUGAGGAUGUGCAAAGGGAGGUUGUGUGAGCUGCAGUGAUGCUCCCCUGCAUUUGUUUUCAUUUGCCUCAAUGAGUUUGUGUUGCAGUGAAUAUUGUGUGAAAUGUCCUGGCAAGCUAAUGAUGGAAGUUUUUCAAUCUGCUCAUGCUGUGGGAUGCACCCAGGAUAUGGCUUUUUCAGUACAUCAGAUUAGAGCCUGUGCAGGCCCCUCACCAGUGUGGGAGGGAGGCUGUGUUUGUGGCCACUCUGGUAACAGGACCCUUGGAGAAGAGUGAUCCUCUUGUAGAGAUGAUGAAUGGCCAAGGGAGAGUCAAUCCUGGAACUCCAGCCCCAACAGAAGAGAGAAGCUGCUCCUGGCUGAACAUCUGGGUCUUCCUGAUGUUUGCUCUUCCAAUCAAAGCUGCCUUUGUAACCAUCUGCCUUGUUUUUCUCUUCUGGCACAGCAGUGUCCAGCCCAGAGCCCUGCAGCAGCAGUUCUCGGAGUGGAAGUGCGACUCAGCAGAGCCACAAGGCACAGACCAAGGCUGGACGUGCUGCCCAGAGGGCUGGAGAAGGUUUCAAAGAAGCUGCUAUUUCCUGUCCCUUAAUAGGAUGAACUGUGCUGAGAGUGAGCAGAACUGCACUGGGAUGGGCUCCCAGCUGGUGGUGAUCAACAGCAAGGCAGAGCAGGUUCUGGCAAGAAGGAGAACCAAGUGGUGCUGUUUGUGAGAACUGCACUGUAAUCCACAGUUUUGAAAAAACUCUCAACAACUGGAAUGAUGUCGCAUCAGUUUGGAACUAUUAUCGAAUUUGUGAAGCUGCAGCAGUAACUGUAUGAUGGAAAUAUCCCUGUCCUGAGCAAAGCUGGGAGCUGAGCAGUGAGCUGGGAACAGCGCUGGCUGUGAUGGGAGGGGUGGGGAGCCUUGACACAUCUUCACUGUCUGUGGGAGGGGACCAUGUGUGUGUGGAAGUGAAAUGAGCUUUGUCCAGCAUCCCCAGUGCAUGUGCCUGAUCAGGGAACACAGGAAGGCCUGGGCUCAUUAAUGCAUGUCCUGUGUUCUUGUGUCCUCUUCUCUCUGAGAGGGUCCAGCAGCUUCUGGCUGAAAAGAGAUGGAGUUCUCCAGGAGGAAGACACUGGAACGGAAGACAGAUGUCCAGGGAUUCAAUGUCCUUGGUUUCCUUGAGCAGAGGUGUUUGCUUUGUUUUUAGUCAUACACAGAAUGCCCUCUAGCUGUCCUGGUUUUGCUGAACAAAUUCUAAAAAUUUAGACAAGACAAAAUACACUAUCACACCAAUG